UUGUGGUAUACUCUCGGGUACGAUUUUUUUGUUCUAUUGGUUCGCCUUUGGUUGAAGGGAGAUUCCUAUAAACGAUACCUCCUCCAUUUUCUUGUUUUAAUGGGUGUUGAGAUUUCCAAGAGAGUUCUGACUACAAGAACCCCCAAGAAGAAGAGUAUAACGAGAUUCGACUUGGAAGAAAAUUUUUUUAAUAAAUUAAAUUAAUUUUUACAGAGGAGUGCAAUUCAACUAUGUAGAAUUUCAACAAUUUUUUCAUUUUUUUAUAAAAAAUUUUUUUCUCGUUAUUGAUUGAUUUUUUAGUAUAAAAAUGAAUAAUUAAUUGGAAUUUUUAAAAAUUGUUUGUAUAAACUCUCGAAUAUUUUUAAAAUUUAUUUUUUUUUGUCAACAUUUUUUUUCCCUUGUGUUUAAUAUGAAAUAAAAAAUUUCGCUGUAGUUUUUAAAAAUGAAACAAAUUAAAAAUUGUUUUUAAAUAAAUGGGAGAGUUUGAAAAUUUGGAAGGUUUGUGUUGGGAAAAUUUUUUUGACCAAGUCGAUAAACAAUUUAAUGAGGAGGAAGAGGAUGUUGAUGAAGGGGAGAGUAAAUGGAAUGGAGGAGGUUCGAAUGAAAUUGUUGCCUUUUCUGGCGUAGCAACAUUGCCACACGAUAAGGCUGUAUGUUAUGGAGUUUGUACUGUUUCUCAAGUUCCGAAGCUGGUGAAAUGCGAGGACUGCUCUCUUGUUGUCAAAAUGGUCGGGUUCGGACACCACCGGAAAUUUCGACACAGAGAAAGUCGUUUAUUGUUGGCACGGCAAUCAGUAAAAGAUACGGAAGAUUCUUCAAAUUCUGAUUCAAAUGAUGACUGUCAAGGCUUUCUUUUGUCACCCCCACAUCAUCAUUUGUCUGUCCCUUCGACUUCUGAAGCUUCUUCAAUUUUUGAAGGUCAUCAAUGGAGGACAACACAUCCGUUAGAUCCGAGCUCAAAAGCUUCUAGUUCGUCUUUAAAGCAAACUGCAGGACCAAACAAGCAACAACAACAACCUUCAAAAACAAAUGAACCUCCUCGAUUGUAUGGGGUUGAAAAAUGGAAUGAUCUCCGUCUUGUUUUGAAGAGAACACCAGAAAAAGCAGCAUCACAAAACGCUGAAACAAAUCAGCAGCAUAAUUCAAUUAAAAAUGCUGUUGAACAAGAAAAUGUCGAAGAUGUUUCCACCAAAAAAUUGCGAAAACCUCCACCAUCUAGAGCUAUUGGGUCAAAAAGGAAACGGAAGAAAAAGACGAAUAAACGAACAAAAGAAUCAGACGAAGAUGAGGAAAUGGUUAAUGUUGAAGAUGAAUCUCCCCAAUCUGCAGGAAAAGUUUAUCAACCUUCCAAUAAUGAUCUCCAAGAAUGUGAUACUUUUACUGACGAUGCCGAACAUGACGACUCAUUUGUAACAAUUCCAACCCAAUUAACCACUCCCUCAAAUGACGAUUCCUUUGUCACCAUUCCAACCCAACUAACACCUUCAACGGCAACAAAUUUUUGGGAUCCUAGAGAGGCUGCUGGACGUCCAGAUGUUGUUAAAGGAACGUUUAAAAAGACUCCAUUAAGCAGUAAAUUAACUUCUUCACAUUCUGCUCCUAUACGAAAAACAACUUUAAAUUUGUCUGUUAAACAAUUUCAACAGGCAACGUCGUUUACUUCUGCAAAUUUAAUUCAAACAAAUAUGGAAAGUAAUAAGAGAGACACAAAUUUGGAUAAAAUUGCUGGGCCGUCAAUGGGAUAA